AUGGAUGAUAUUUACAAGGCAGCGGUAGAACAACUAACAGAAGAACAAAAAAAUGAAUUCCGUGCAGCUUUUGACAUCUUUGUGCAAGAUGCAGAGGAUGGGUGCAUCAGUACAAAAGAAUUGGGCAAGGUAAUGAGAAUGCUUGGACAUUGUCCAACCCCUGAGGAGCUGCAGGAGAUGAUAGAUGAAGUGGAUGAAGAUGGAAGUGGCACUGUGGACUUUGAUGAGUUCUUGGUUAUGAUGGUCCGGUGUAUGAAGGAUGAAAGCAAAGGAAGAUCAGAAGAGGAAUUAGCAGAAAUUUUCCGGAUGUUUGACAAGAAUGCUGAUGGUUACAUAGACCUGGAAGAGUUGAAGAGUAUGUUAACAUCAACUGGAGAGACCAUCACAGAGGAUGACAUUGAGGAAUUAAUGCUAGAUGGAGAUAGAAAUAAUGAUGACAAAAUUGACUACGAUGAAUUCAUGGAAUUUAUGAAAGGAGUUGAAUAA